AUGCACCUGGAGGAGAAGCCCCACUCGUGCCCAGAGUGCGGGAAAUGUUUUGCCAAAAAGUCCAACCUUGUUCGGCACCGGCGGAUGCACACGGGGGAAAAACCGUAUUCUUGUCCCGAGUGCGAAAAGUCGUUCACGUGGAAGCCGUCUCUGGAGCACCAUUUGAGGAAGCACCGUGGCGGGGUGCCUUUUUUCUGCUCCGAGUGUGGGAAGUGCUUUGCCCAGAAGUCCUACUUCCUGCAGCACCAGAGGACUCACGUCGGGAAGGAGCCGUACUCUUGCUCUGAGUGCGGAGAACGCUUUGCUACAAGGUCGACGCUGGUCGUGCACCGAAGGAUUCACACCGACGAGAAGCCCUUCUCCUGCUCGGAGUGCGGGAAGUACUUCGUCCAAAAGUCCAGCCUGAUGGAACAUCUGAAGAUGCACUCGGGGGAGAAGUCCUAUUCGUGCGCCGAAUGCGGAAAGACUUUCCAAUGGCGAUCGUCCUUGUUCUACCAUGAGCGCAAGCACAAGGGACUGAAGCCCGUGUCGUGUCCGGAGUGCGGCAAAGGAUUCGCCCAAAAGUCUCAUCUCGCCCAACAUCAGAAGAGGCACGCUGGGCAGAGGACCUCCAAGUUCUUGAGUCCUGACCUCGAAGACGAUCUCCAUCAAUGA